AUGAUUAUUGUCUAUUUAAUUUGUUUUGUAUUAAAAUUGAAGGCAACAAAGGAGACCCCUGGCACCCGAAUCAUCGUCGGACCCCCUUCAUUUUCAAUUUUCGAUCAAGAAUUCUACACUCCCGGAACUCGCCUACAAAUUAGCUGUUCGUCCACUUCAACAUCCCCAGAAGCUCUAAUCUUGGAGACUAUAUCCAGGAAAUUCGGAAGUUUGGUUGCGGCGAACUACAAUAAAGUGGUGGAUGGAACUUUUGAGAGUGGAGUCUUUUACAAUAUCAGCUUGAAGGAAGACCUCGAGGUGCGGUGUUGGAAAGUGGGGAAGAAAAUCCCAUCCAUCAAACUAAUCAAUGUUGCUGAUGGACCUGCCAAAACUUUUUAUGAGUUCGAAAAAUCCUCACAUCUGCAAAAAUCCGCGUACGAUGGGGAUACGGUCCACUUAAUCUGCUCCAUCCCCCAUUCUGCAACAAAUUGGGAAGUCUCCUGGCUUCCCGAUCUGCCAGUCAACACAAGGAUCCAUGAAAAGUCCAAGUACUUUAUUUCAACUCUAAGAAACAUCUCAAGUUAUGAAGUAUGCACUUGUGUUAUCAAAACCGACAAGUUUGAACCAAUGUUCUUGGAAACUGUAAUUGAUGUGAAGCCGGCUUCAGCUUCAGCACCGUCCGAAAUGCCGUUCACAGGAGGUUCCAGCAAACAAUCUCUGCUUUUUUAUAUUCUACUGGCAUUUUUAUUGAGUACUGGUGUAGGAAUAGGAGUUUAUCUGUGUUCCGAGAGAUAUUCUUGUAGGGAAAAUAUACGACUACAUGUACCUGGGGAGUUUAUUUGA